GGUGAACAUCUCGUGUCCCGAGUGUACAGAAGCCAUCCAUCCAAAUGACAUCAGGGCACUGCUACAGGAUGAGGUGAUGACAUGCAAGUAUGAGACUUUUAUGCUGCGCCGUGUUCUCGUCACAGAAGCAGAUGCCCGCUGGUGUCCUGCUCCGGACUGUGGGUAUGUGGUGAUAGCAACAGGAUGUGCCAGUUGCCCAAAGCUAGUUUGUGAAAGGCCAGGAUGUGGCACAGCAUUUUGCUACCACUGCAAGCAGGAAUGGCAUCCAAACCAGACGUGCGAUGCAGCCCGUGCCCAACGUGCUCCUCCGCAGGACAGCUCUGGACUACAGCGCGACGACAUCAAGCACUGUCCUCGCUGUAUGGUAUACAUAAUCAAGAUGGACGAUGGGUCGUGCAACCAUAUGACGUGCCGUCUAUGCGGCACAGAAUUCUGCUGGCUCUGCAUGAAAGAGAUCUCCGACUUGCAUUAUCUGAGUCCAUCCGGUUGCACCUUUUGGGGAAAGAAGCCCUGGAGCCGUAAGAAAAAGAUUCUCUGGCAACUUGGUAUGCUGGUGGGAGCUCCCGUUGGGAUCGCCCUAAUUGCUGGCAUAGCUGUCCCUGCCAUCAUCAUUGGAAUUCCAGUAUGGGUGGGAAGAAAGUUACAUGCCAAGUAUGACCUGCAAACCCCAUUGAAACGGAACCUAGCCAUGGUAGGAGGUGUGGUGGCUUCCUUCCUUGUGUCCCCUAUCAUUGCUGGCAUAGCCGUAGGUAUUGGAGUCCCCAUCCUGCUGGCUUACGUGUACGGAGUCGUGCCCGUGUCUCUAUGUCGUUCCGGAGGUUGUGGGGUCACCACGUCGGCGUCUGGAGUGCGCAUAGAGUUUGACGAGGACGUGGUUGCUGAUUGGGGUGGGGAACAAGCUCUCAGCAGGAUUGGUGCUGCAGCUACAAUCACUGCUUCCAACACUGCCAUUGCCGGAAACAGUUUGACUGGAUCCAUCACCUCAAACAAGUUGGAGGUACAGGUGGACGUAACAUCUGGCAAGAGACUGAGUAUGAGUAGCGAGACUGCUUCUGCAACGGCCAGCUACAGCGAACGCUCAGCUAAUGCCUUUCUGGUAGCAGACGACAAUGCCAGCACACGAGCACUUGCUGGCUCCAUCAUAGGCUACAGAGAAGGCACAACCCCUGUGGAAGUGCAUGUUAGCCCAGAAGAAGACUACUGCAAGCAGUGCCUUGACAAUGCAAGUGUAACCAAGUUUCUGUCUCAUCUGGGCGGGGAUUGGCCUCCUCUUUCGCCGCUGAUCUGACACCCGACUUUGCACGUCACUCGCAUACCCGCAACUGAAACUCAAUUUCCGCGCAACUUUUACGGGUAUAACAAUCGUUCCACGAAGCGUUUUCUGUGAUUGACUAGGCCAAAUCCUCCAGCAAGAAGAA